GAAGCGUAUGAAUGCAAUUUCUGCUAGAAGAUGAGUCAAUCGUGUCUGGAAUGAAAACUCUAAGCUGUGUUUAUGUUUACACUUCUUGAAUCUUGCGCUUCGCAAAUUUAUUCAAUGUUGGCUUAAACUUUUGUUUCAUACCGAGGAAAAUAAAGUUUUGUUGGCGAUUUAUUUGACGAUUAUUAUUUGUCUGGCUUAUUUGCUAAAUUUUAGUCAUGGCUGGAUUACUUUCUCAGCUAGGUGUUGGUGGUAACCCCUUUCACACUGUUGUCGGCCAAAGAAUAGAGCAAGCAACUGAUGGAUCUCUAGCUUCUGAAAACUGGGCUUUAAAUAUGGAAAUUUGUGAUGUCAUCAAUGAAACCGAUGAAGGACCUAAAGAUGCAGUGAGAGCUAUACGUAAAAGAUUGUUACAGAAUGCGGGCAAAAAUUAUACUGUUGUGAUGUAUACAUUGACGGUUCUUGAAACAUGUGUUAAAAAUUGUGGAAAGAGAUUUCAACUUUUGGUUACCCAAAAAGAUUUUGUUCAAGAUUUAGUGAAAUUGAUUGGCCCAAAAAAUGAUCCUCCAACAGCUGUCCAAGAGAAAGUUUUAAGUUUAAUUCAGAAUUGGGCUGAAGCUUUUCGUUCUCAACCUGAAAUGCAAGGUGUUACCCAAAUCUAUACAGAUCUGAAGCAAAAAGGCAUUGAAUUUCCUGCAUCUGAUUUAGAAGCUAUGGCUCCAAUUCAUACACCUAAACGAACUGUCCCAUAUCAACCCCCAGUUCAGCCAAGUUUCAAUGAACAAAUAUUGCAACAAGAACCUGGAACAGAAGUUAGCAUUCAUCCUCAGCAAAUGGAGAAAUUGAAGAAAGAACUUGAAAUUGUGCGAGGGAACAUGAGAGUUUUUGGAGAAAUGCUAACAGAAUUAACUCCUGGGAAAGAGCACCAAAGUGAUUUAGAGUUAUUGCAAGACCUAUGCAAAACUUGUCAAAGUAUGCAAAGUAGAAUUGUUGAGUUAUUAGACAAAGUAGGAAAUGAAAAAAUUACAGAGGAUUUACUUCAAGUUAAUGAUGAUCUCAAUAACUUAUUUUUGCGAUAUGAAAGAUUUGAAAAGAAGAGAGUUACCGUUGAUAAAUCAAGUUCUUUACCACAGCCUGCUGCAGAGAGCAAACCACUGAUUGAUCUUGAUGAAAGCAUAUCUGCUGAACAGCAAUUGCAAGGUUUAAAUCUGAACCCUACUGAGGAUGCAUUUGCAAAGAAUAAUGACUUUGACUCUACUAUUGAUGAGUUUGACAUGUUAGCCCAAUCAAGAAAAACAGAACAGCCGCCUCCAAUGGGAGGUGAUGGUCCAACAGCCGAAGUAUUGCCAACUGAACAGUUUCACAGGGAACAAGAUAUUCAAGAAGUGGCGAGAUGGCUAGAAGAAAAACCUGAUGAUUCUGUAAAUGCAUCUGCGCAGCCAAAGACAGAGGAAUUUGACCGUUUUCUAGCAUCUCGAGCUGCUGCUGCUGAAAGAUUGCCAACUAUCAGUCUUGCAACUCCAAAUGAUACUGAAAAGGACCAGAAUGAAGGGAAACCUUUAUCUCCUUUGAAAAGCUAACGUCCUAUGAAAAAGUGAAAGACAAGAUGAAAGUGUUGAUUAUUUUUUUCCAUGUGUGGGAACAAUUUAAUAAGCGAAUUAUAGUUUUGACUGUAGUUGACUGUAUAUACAAGAGAAUGACAAAUGAUAUAGUCCUAUAAUAAAUUAGUUUUUAGAUUUCUUUUUUUUCUUAGUGAUGAAGUUGUUCAAAAAUGAGGACUUUUCACUUCAUUUUAUAUACAGUGCAGAACCUUUUAUCCGGGAACCAAAAAACCGGGAAACCAGGAAACCGGCAACUGUUUGCAGAUUUUCCCGCCAUUUUUUAAAAAUAUGCAUUUUUGGCAAUUUUUGAAAAAACAAGUUUUUUUUUUUUGAAAUACCUAAAAGAAUAUGAACUGUUUCUUAAAAAAUACCAUAUUACUUACACAAAACUGGGGAAAAUGUUUACAAAAACGAACUUUAAAGGGUUGACUUUUGGGCAGGGCAAAAUUUCCAAAAUAUUUUCUUGAAUUAAGAUGGGAGAUUUUCUUGUUUUAUUCCAACUGAAAACUAAAGAAAUGAAGAAAUGAAUAUUGUCGAAUUCUAAUGCAAUAUUUUAUUGAAUUUCCUUUAAAAUUCAAGCCGUUUAGAGCGUCAGUGAUGUAGCGAAAUUGCGGGAAACGCCAAAAACCAGAUUCGCAAAUUUUCCGAAUAGUUAAUGGUGGAAUCUAGAAAUUGUUAAACGCAUGACUGUAAUAAUACUGCAAGAACUCAUAAAUCUUACUCCUGUUGAUAUUGCAAAAAGCAAUAGUUAUCGAUAACCGCCGUAAUCACAAACACAAAAUCUUUAUAAAAAAUUUAAAAACAAAGCGCGUUCAUGAAAACAAAUUUUUUCAUACAGAAUAGCAGGAAAUUCGCACAUUUCCGUUCAAAAACUUGAUUCUAGCCCUUCCCUUCAUUUUUUUUUUCGUUUUAAAACAUCGAAAAGUGGUGGGUUUUUUUCUUUUUCAGAUUGAAUGUGAGGGUCUCUGGUCUUAUGAAUAACUUGAAGUUUUUUGGUGUUUAAAUUAUUCUUUCACUAGAAGUUUUUAAUAUUUCGAUAGUAUUUAUAAGCAUUUCUGAACUGUUUUCUUCUUAUUUUAAUAUGUAUUACUAUUUAUUACAGUAAUUUAAGUUUUAUAAACAAUCGGCCAACAGAGGUUUUUAGCGAUUCAGAAAACCGGGAAAUUCAGAUAUCCGGGAUAGCGAUGGUCCCGAACUUCCCGGAUAAUUGGUUCUCUACUGUAUCUGCGUGUUGUAAUUCUUGUUUAAAAAAACGAGCGCUAAUGUUUAUGCAGGCAUCCCUCGUACAACAUGGUAUUUGUACUACAUGGAGAAUAUGACAUGAAAUAAAAUUUAGGAUUAUUGUAACACAGAUUCGAUAUUACAUGGUAUAAAAGUUGAAUGCAUUAUUGCACUGUGUUUUGAUAUAAUGCGAUUUAAAAUAAGUGAAUAUAGUUUUGUUUUAAUUCAAUGUUAAAAUAACAAAAAUAACAUUAAGCUAAAUUUGUCAGAUGCUAGAUAUAUAUAAAAAAAAUGUAGAAUAGAAUAAUUCCACUUAUUUAUUUGUUUUAUUUUAUUUAUUUAUAUAUUUAUUUUUUGUUGCUCAGACAAACUAGCUGCAGAAAUUCUAAUUUUCUCUUUAAUAGUAUGUGCUUUGUUCUUUGUAAAUGAAGUUGAUAGGUUUUUUUUUCAAAAACGUCAAUUUUUUUUUCAAUAUGUUUUAUUAUUUCAAAGUUUUGUUUUACACAGUUUUGAUACAACGCAGUACGUAUUACCCUGAUUUAUUUUAUGUUAAAAUUAAGUCUUGUAUAACACAUUAUGAAUUACCGAUGUUACACGAGGGACACCUAUACCUGUUUUUAUUCUUUAACAUGUUUUGUUUAUAGAUUGUGAUAUAUUUAUAAAUUAACUAUAUAUUGAAAUGAAAUCUAUCAGAGUAGAAUAUAUCAGUUAUAAUAUGUAUUGUAUUUUAUUUUAUUAGACGAAAUAUUAUAUAUAUAUAUAUAUGUGUGUGUGUAUGUAUAUAAUAUAUAUAUGCAUAUUACAGCUAUCACUUCCACUACACUGAGCUUUCAGAAUUUCUAGAUAAGCAAAAAUUAAAUUUAUCACUGAAAAUCUUCUGCACAAUAGCUCGAAAACCGAAUGUAUUAAAUUAUUAUGCAAUUGUUUUAUUAUUAUUACUAUUAUUAUAUAUAGUUUGAUAUCACAGGUGCUAUAUAAGUAUUCAAAGAAAGUAAGUUCAAUGGGAAAUGCAUUUAAUUUAGUCAAUGAAGAUGAUUUUUCUAAAGAAAGUGAAAAUGAAUGUUUUACUUUCUUGAAACAAAGUAAAUGCAUUAUGUGUACUUAAUCCCCCCCUCCACGAGAUAGAUACCAUUGCUAAGCUUCAUUUGUCUCCAAUACGAACUGGUGUCCAAAUCUCUAAGAAUUGUGCUUGUUAAAAUUGAAAUAAGCAUUCCAAGAAGCAAUGUUAUGAAUCAUUGCAUUCCAAUUCAUUUGUGACGCGUGGAUUUUAGGUUUUCUAUCAAAAGAGACCUAGAGGUACAAAUUUUCAUUUCCAUAUUGACUUCAUUUCAGUACAAGAAGAAAAUAUAAUUCAAUUAUGUUUGAAUUGACAUAAAAUUCGAAAUGUAAGUAAAACAAAACUGAUUAUCAAAAAUGCAAAGCAUUUUAAUUGUAAAAAUGAAAGUGGACUAAAUCAAAAAAUAUUACAGCUGCUGGUUCUUGGCACACCUUUAGCCGAAGAGAACAAUGUGUAAAAUGUCUUACAGAUAUAACUUUUCAAAUUUGUUUAACUAAUCACAGGCAUAGUUGUGAUUUUGUGUGUGUAGUUCCAAAUUCCUAUUUUUCCAAAAUUCUGAAUCUUCCGACUUCUAAAAAGUGUUAAAAAGUUGAGACUUAUUUUUAAACACUUUGAGACCAUGCGAAAUGGUCACAAAAACUCGUGUU